AUGGCCCCCAUCGAUGAUAUCCGGGUCGGAGACCUGGUGAACGUCCCCGGGGGCAUGUAUGGGACUGUCCGAUAUCUGGGACCCGUCGAUGGCAAGCCCGGUCGCUUUGCUGGUAUCGAACUGGCUCCGGAGCAUGCUAGCAGAGGCAAGAAUAAUGGUGAUGUCGACGGACGAAGCUACUUCACCACCUCCAUCCCCGGUGCUGGCAUCUUUGUCCCCAUGAACAACAACAAGUAUGUGACGAAGCGGACAGUCGUCACUCCUCCUACCCCGUCUCGCCCUUCCGUGACAAACUUCAGCAAGUCCGUUGGCCCGUCAGUUGCCCCUCCUUCAGUCCCCAAGCCACGCAUUCGGCGGCCAUCGUUGCCCCGACCAGAAUCGCCCCGUUCGGCGCCAGCGUCCAAACCGAACUUCACUGGAUUACGAACACCCUCGUCGGCCAUCAAAGCACCUUCAACCGCACCAAGCGCCACUGGGGCCCCUCGAACCCCCUUCAAGACGCCGUCUCGACUGUCCGACCGGCCCCCGUCGAGGGUGAGCGUGGAGUCUGAAACUCCGGUCUCAGGGAGGGCUCAUGACCAGCAAGCGUUUGGUGGUGCGGAGGUUCAAGAACUACGAGAGAAGGUCCGAAUGCUGGAACAGGAGCUUCGGGACCGAGAUAAACAGCUGGAGGAGCAAGCCGUUACCCUUAACGAGUUACAGCAAAGUAUUACGGAACUGGAGGGAACGGAUGCCGUCGCUAUGCGGGCUCAAUUACGGGAGAAGAAUGAGAAGAUCGCGCAGCUGACAGCGGAGUUUGACGCCCACCGCGCCGACUUCCGCAGCACGCUGGAUACCCUGGAGGUGGCCGCAUCCGAGACGGAACGCGUUUACGAACAGAGAUUGGAUGAACUCAUGCAACAGAACAGGGAGCUUCAGGAUCGCGGAGAGGACGUGGAGACGGUCGCUAGGCAGCUGAAGCAACUUGAAGAACUAGUCUCGGAGCUGGAAGAGGGUCUCGAGGAUGCACGACGCGGCGAGGCGGAAGCAAGGGGCGAGGUGGAAUUCUUGCGAGGAGAGGUAGAACGAGCCCGGCUGGAGCUGAAGCAGGAGCGUGAAAAGAAUGCAGCAGCUCUGAAGGAAGCGGAGACUCGCCGGAAUACCAAAGAGCUGGAUCAGAAAGAUGACGAGAUCAGGGGUCUCAAGGCCAUUAUCCACUCUCUCAGUCGCGGUGACGUGAAUCCGGCUUUAAUGCGCCAGAAUGGGAUAUCUCCGCCAGCUGGCAAACCGGAGCCGGAUCCCAAGGAUGCAGAACGGCUCACACAGCUGGAACAGCGUAUUCAGGAACUCGAAGGGCUGGUCGACAGCAAAAACCAGCGCAUCGAGGAGUUGCAACGGGAAUUGGAGAGUCAGAAGCGGAGUUCGUUAAACGGUGCUGGACGAGUUCGCAGUGGUACUGUCACCGUCGCUCCGUUGAGGCAGUUCAAGGCUUCAAGAGACAGAAAUAGUGGGUCGAACCACACUGUCAGCCACGCCCACACUCCCUCUGACCGCACCGUGGUUCCCGGUGAUUGGCAAGACGCGCCUACUGGCGCUGAGCAACAUCAACCACUGUCAUCAUAUCAGGAGUCUCUUCCUCAUCGCCCUGCCAAUAACGGUCCGGAUUCCGAUAACCGCUCGGAUGCCAGUACUGCCCUGUGGUGUGAGAUCUGCGAGACCAACGGCCACGAUAUUCUGACCUGCACCACAUUCGGAAGCAACGGGCACGGCAACACCAAUGCCACGAGCACCGCAGGUCGUGAUAACGUCGAGACCCCAGCCCCUGGCGCAUCUAGACCGUCCGACCCUCCACAGGAACGUAACUCCAAUGGAGUGAAACAAUUCGGAGGAGGAAGCCCCACUUCGCAGAGAACAGGCCGAGACGCCGUUCUCGAAGGCUUGAAGGGAAUCGGCGGCCUGACCUCGUCCAUGUCUCCUGUUGCGGGGAAAUCCUCGGGAAUCAUCGAUGAGAGCAAGUGGUGUGCGCUUUGUGAGCGUGAUGGUCAUGAAAGCAUCGACUGUCCCUUUGAAGAAUGA